AGGCUUCAAGGAGCAAUGGCUUUUCCACAAUUAUCUAGAGAUGGAGACAUCAUGGUCGGAGGAGUGUUUCAAAUCCACAGCAACACUGAAGAAAAGAAGCAUCUUUUCAAAACCAGACCUGAUCCUCCUAAAUGCAAAAGCUUACUCAUUGGAGAAUUCCAGUCCAUGCAAACAAUGAUCUUUGCUAUUGAAGAAAUUAACAACAGGACAGAUCUACUUCCUGGCCUACAUCUGGGUUAUAAAAUAUAUGGUACAUGUGGUUCAAUAUCAUUGACUUUAAGAGCAGUCAUGGCUUUGAUGAAUGGAAAUGAAGAAACUCUAUCUGACACCUCCUGCUCCAGACCAGCUGCAGUUCAAGUGGUAAUAGGAGCAUCUGCAUCAUCACCCACGAUUGCAAUGUCAGCAACACUUGGACCUUUUCGAAUCCCUGUGAUCAGUCAUUUCGCUACCUGCGCAUGUCUGAGCAAUAGAAGAAGAUAUCCAACAUUCUUCAGGACCAUCCCCAGUGACUAUUAUCAGAGCAGAGCCCUGGCUCAGCUUGUGAAGCAUUUUGGAUGGACCUGGGUUGGGACUAUUAGAAGUGACAAUGAUUAUGGCCACAAUGGAAUGGCUACUUUUGUGGAAGCUGCAGAGAAGGAGGGGAUCUGUAUUGAAUAUUCAGAGGUGGUUCAUCAGUCUCAUUCCAGACAAAAAAUUCUUAAGAACAUAGAAGUUAUCAAAAAGAGCACUUCAAAGGUUAUCGUAGCAUUUCUUGAGGAAGGAGACAUAAAUGCUUUAAUAAAAGAAUUAUCAUUUCAGAAUGUAACUGGUCUCCAAUGGGUUGGCAGUGAAGGCUGGAUUACAGCCAGUGAUGUUGCCACAGCGGAAGGCUAUAAGGUUCUAAGUGGAUCCAUUGGAUUUACUGUUGUUAAAAGUGAAAUAGAUGGAUUAAGAGAGUUUUUAAUGAGUGUCCACCCAUCUCAGGGCCCAGGCAGCUCCCUCUUAAAUGAGUUUUGGGAAACUUCAUUUAACUGUUCGUUCUCAAAUAGAGACAAAGAGAAAAAAGCUUGCACAGGGUUGGAAGACCUACAAGAACUAAAGAAUGGAUAUGCAGAUGAAUCUGAACUAAGAAUAUCUAAUAAUGUGUAUAAAGCAGUAUAUGCUGUUGCACAUGCUGUACAUAACUUGCUUCAAUGCAAGAAAGAUCAAGGUCCUUCUGCCAAUUAUACAUGCAAAAAAACAAGCAAUGCUGAACCAUGGCAGGUGCUUGAGCAUCUCAACAAUGUCAGUUUCACAACCAAACAAGGAGAGACAGUCUUCUUUGACAAAAAUGGGGAUUCAACUGCAAGAUAUGAAUUAGUAAACUGGCAACUUGAUCAUAAAAGUGCUAUACGGUUUAUGACAGUUGGUCAUUAUGAUGCUUCGAAGCCAGCAGGUCAUCAGUUUGUCAUGAGUCAAGUCAACAUUGUUUGGACAGGUGGUCAGUAUGAGAAGCCUGAGUCAGUGUGCAGUGAGAGCUGUCUCCCAGGCACUCGAAAGGCAGUUCAGAGAGGAAGGCCUGUGUGUUGCUAUGAUUGCGUUCAGUGUGCUGGAGGAGAGAUCAGCAACACUACAGAUUCUAAUGAUUGCGUUCAGUGUCCUCUGGAAUAUUGGUCAAAUGAGAAAAGAGAUGAAUGUGUGUUAAAAAUAAUUGAAUUCUUGUCUUUUGGAGAAAUCAUGGUGAUUCUGCUCAUUAUAUUUUCAGUAAUUGGAGCUUGUUUAACUAUAGGUAUAGCUUUGAUCUUUUUCAAAAACAAGGACACUCCUAUUGUCAAAGCCAAUAACUCUGAACUGAGUUUCCUUCUGCUCUUUUCAUUGACUCUGUGUUUCCUCUGUUCACUUACUUUCAUUGGCCAGCCCUCUGACUGGUCCUGUAUGUUGCGCCACACAGCAUUUGGGAUCACAUUUGUCCUGUGCAUCUCGUGUGUUCUGGGGAAAACAAUAGUGGUGUUAAUGGCCUUUAGGGCUACACUGCCAGGCAACAACAUUAUGAAAUGGUUUGGCCCCACACAGCAGCGGUUAAGUGUUCUUGGUUUCACACUUGUGCAGGUCUUAAUUUGUGUUCUUUGGUUGACAACAUCACCUCCUUUUCCAAGCAAGAACAUGAAAUACUAUGCAGACAGAAUCAUUCUGGAGUGUGACCUGGGAUCUACAGGUGCAUUCUGGGCUGUGUUAGGGUAUAUAGGAUUACUUUCUGCUAUGUGCUUUGUGCUCGCUUUCCUGGCUCGGAAGCUGCCUGAUAACUUCAAUGAAGCCAAAUUCAUUACAUUCAGCAUGCUCAUAUUCUGUGCUGUCUGGAUCACCUUUAUUCCAGCUUAUAUUAGUUCACCUGGGAAGUAUACAGUAGCUGUAGAAAUAUUUGCAAUUUUGGCUUCUAGUUUUGGCUUACUUUUCUGUAUAUUUGCCCCCAAAUGCUAUAUAAUUAUUUUAAAACCUGAAAUGAAUACAAAGAAACACUUAAUGGGAAAAAUGAUUGCAAAAUCACUUUAA